GGUGACGUCACGUAGGCCCCCUCAGCGCAACUCCGUCCACUAAGGUUGUGGGGCCGGGAGCGGAGGGGCUUGUUGAUCCUGGGCGAUCAAGUGUGAAAAUCAAAACCUAAGCUUCGAAGCCCUGGGCCGCCCAGGGUACAUUCUACAGGCUCUCGGCAACGAGGAAAUUUUAGCUCAUUCAGUUUCUGCUAGUGGAGGGAAUUCAUCCUCAUAGGACACAAUUCCAAGAGAUUCACUCUUGUUAAGUUUAACUAGUAAAAGAGGAUCGGAUUUCCGUGUUUUUUGUUUUUUGUUUUUCUGAGUAGGACUAUCAUACAUUUGCACACAGCCAGUAAAACUAAUAAUAAAUCAAGGGAGAAAGGCUAAGGUAACAACUUUGAUGGAAUAAAUCAGACAGGCUAGUGACAUACAACUGUAAUCUCAGCUCUCCGCAAGCAAGUCACGGUAGGCAGAGGGAAGUCAGCCUGGGCUACAUAACUAGUUGCAGGUUAGACUGGGCCAGUAAGACCGUCUCAAAACCGAAAUAAAGCUUUAAAAAAAAGGAGGAGAAAGAAGAGACGAGUAAGAAGAAGAAAAAGAAGAAAAAGAAAAGAAAAACACAAAGACAACUGCUGUUUUCAGCGGAAAAGAAAACGCAGAGACGUGGUAACAUUGACCCUCCGCACGCCCCGUCGCUGACAUCCUUUUCCGUGGGACGGCUUGCGCAGGCGCACAGGAAGGACUCGCAAUAUGGGCGGAAGUGGAGUGUCCCGGAGGCUUUAGGGAAGGUGCUUGAGGAGUACACAGACACCGGGACCGUGUAGGCAUCCUUAGGCCGCCAUGAACCGGCUCCAGGAUGACUAUGACCCCUACGCGGUGGAAGAGCCGAGCGACGAGGAGCCGGCUCUGAGCAGUUCUGAAGAUGAAGUGGAUGUGCUUUUACAUGGAACCCCAGACCAAAAACGAAAACUCAUCCGGGAAUGUCUUACUGGAGAAAGUGAAUCAAGCGAAGAUGAGUUUGAAAAAGAAAUGGAAGCUGAACUAAACUCCACCAUGAAGACAGUGGAGGACAAGUUAUCCUCGCUGGGAACAGGGUCUUCCUCAGGAGUUGCCAAGGUGGGAGGAGUUACAACAAAAUACUAUGAUGCGGUAUAUUUUGAUUCUGAUUCUGAGGAUGAAGACAAAGCAGUGACCAAGAAGAAGAAGAAGAAACAACACAGGAUUCCAACAAACGAUGAGCUGCUCUAUGAUCCCGAGAAAGAUAGCAGAGACCAGGCCUGGGUAGAUGCAAAGAGGAGGGGUUAUCAUGCUUUUGGAUUGCAAAGACCAUGUCAGAAACAACAGCCUGUCCCAAACAGUGAUGCUGUUUUGAAUUGCCCAGCCUGUAUGACUACACUGUGCCUUGAUUGCCAGAGGCAUGAAUCCUACAAGACUCAGUACAGGGCAAUGUUUGUGAUGAAUUGCUCUAUCAACAGAGAGGAGGUUCUAAGAUACAAGAAUUCAGACAAUAGGAAGAAAAGGCGGAGUGCUAAGAAGAUGCGGUCUAAUCCUGAAGACCUCGCAGAGAGAGAAGUGGAAGAAAUCUAUCACCCUGUCAUGUGCACAGAGUGCUCAACUGAAGUGGCUGUCUAUGACAAGGAUGAAGUCUUUCACUUUUUCAAUGUUCUAGCAAGCCAUUCUUGAACAAUGUGACAGAGUCCAGAAGAGGACAUCAGAUCCCCUGGGACUGAAGCUAUAGAUGGCUGUGAGCUUCCAUGUGGCUGCUGAGAAUUGAACCCAAGUCCUCUGGCAAAGCAGCCAGUGCUCUUAUCAGCUGAACCAUUUUUCCAGCUCCAAUGUGCUCCUGUUUGAACACUUGUUGAACACUAUAUAUACUUAAUUUUUAAGCUGUCUGAUGUUUUCACCUCUAAUAGUGAGAAUAAUGGCGCUGACUUCGCAUGGUAGAGGUAAAAUGGGCUAAAUGAGAAGGUAGACGGAACAUGAGCUAAUGACCUCACAGGAUGUUGUAACGGUGAGUAUCCCGUUCACCACUGUUAGACCUUUAUAUGUAGACCUGAUAAUGUCUACAAUGUUAGACCUGAUAAAUAACAAAACAUGCUGUGCGAAUAAGUACUUGGUUAGAGAUGCAUGGUUGUUGAAAAAACAAAACAAAACUGGAAUUUAGUUUUCGAAUAGACUAGGAAAAAUGUUUCCUUAACCACCCUGAAGAUUCGAUGCUGGUUUCUGUGGUGGGGAUGGCACUGUACACCGGCUACGUCUUCAUGCCCCAGCACAUCAUGGCAAUACUGCAUUACUUUGAAAUUGUACAGUGACGGAGAUGUGACCAGGAUCCAGAGGCUCCUGGGGAAGAUCCACCUUGUGAAGUUGGGACGAGACCUCGUCACAUGUGAGAUGCUCUACGGAUGUCAACAUAACCAACCUUAUAAAUACAGAGACUAAACUUCAUGAGUAGAACAGGAGAAAUCAUCCUGACUCAUGUGUUGUGUUCCUUCCUUUUGAUUUUAAAAGAGGCUCUUACAUAGUAGCUUUUAUCUAUUUUAACAUUGUAGUCAUUUGUACUUUGAUAUCAGUAUUUUCUUAACCUUUGUGACUGUUUCAAUAUUACCCAGUGAAAGCUUUUCUUAAUGUAACUUUGAGUACAUCUUAACUGCCUUCUAUUUUUAAAACCUAAGGUCGUUAGUUGGGCUUUACUGUUCUUGCUAUCGUAUGGCAUACACAUCUGCCUGGAUAUAUUUCUACUCGACCAAAGUUUUGUAAGAAACAAUACAGAAUUUGGGGAUGGGAGGGAGGAUAUUUUGAGAAGUACUUACAAAAGAUUUAUCUGUAAGCUUGACCUCAGGGGUACGGUUUUAGCUCCCUAGACUCUUUAACAGCUUUUGCUCUAAAACUAUUAAAGUGUUUCUUAGUGAUGAAAAAGUAAAGAUCUUGCUAACAUUAAUACAAGGAGCAUUUCACCUUUUAGAUAUUAAAUUCUUAUGUGGACUUAUUUCCAACUAACUUUUUCGAUUCCUGUGAGGGCGGGUGACUGGUGGCCUUGUGCGAUGCUGAGAUGUACCAUGGAGCUUUUCAUAGAAGGCAGAUCGGUUUCCUCUGAGGAGAUACUGACAGUGGAUACGCUUAAGAGUUAACUUGAUGAUUGUCACAGGUGCUGUGAAAUGCAUUUGCACAUUGUGAUAAGAUAUCAUGAGAUGAAUUGUUCAGAACCAUAGCCAAAAGAAAUGUAAACUUGCUUAAAAAUCCUUUCACUCUUUGUAUUUUUUUAAAAUGGUUUUUAUUCCUUAGAUGUAAAAUGACUACUUAAUUUUUUUUGAUGUAAACUCAUUAAAUUCAAAGAAAAAAUGUAGCAGUCUCUUAUGGUUAAAUAUUGUUCAAGUAGUUAUUUGUGGUUGGUUACUGGGGACUGGGUAUGCAGUAACUAUAUUUUAACAUGUCUCUGAACAUAAAAGUUAUAGCAUAAGUUGUGCUUUUUUUUUUUUUUUUUUUUUUCCUGUUUUUUUGAGAUAGGGUUUCUCAUGUAACAGACCUGGCUGUCCUGGAACUCUCUUUGUAGACCAGGCUGGCUUGAACUCAGAGAUCCACCUGCCUCUGCCUCUCAAGUGCUAAGAUUAAAGGCGUGUGCCACACCAUGCUUGGCAA